CGACUCUUCCACAAGCUCGUACCAUUCAGUCCAUUUGCAUUCCAAUUACCGAAGUCCGAAGCUCAGUGAUGAUCCAGACCCUAACCUCAAAGUAAAGUCGUGCAUUCAAGAUGAAUAUCCUUCCUGAAAGGUUUUUGAUUCUCGACAAACAAGUCAAAUUGAUCUGUCAAUACCCAUUUCGAUUAGUGAAAUUAUUUUCUCACCUAAUCUGCCUAUUACAACUGACUCAAUCACUUGCGGAGUGACUUUUGUUAGUGGGUUAAUUUUGGAUUUGGAAAAGAUCAAUGGAGCUGGAAACUCAAAUUUUUUAAAGUUUCUAGUUCUCUACCAAACCAAAAUCUUCAAUGACAAUUUGUUCUUGAUGGGCAAAUUUGAAGAAGGAAAACCAUUGUAUUUUUUAUUUUUUUUUUCCCGUGAAUUUGAGUUAGUUAAUUGUGAUUUUGUGUGCGAGUGUUGUUAUUUUCUAAUGCUCAUAGAAAAUUAGUGGGAAAUAGUCCCUCUAAUUUUAAAGGUGCAAAGAUGGUAAAUCAUGUUCGACAAAGGUUCCAAGUAAAAGCCAAAAUACAAAUCCAAACAAAAACAGUUGUUAAAGAAAGGAUGAGCCUAGCAAGCUUGUUACUCGUGUGUGUGUGUGUGUGCGUCUGGAAGCUGUUAAGACUGAUUCUUUCUCUUCGAUGGCUUCUCUUCUUUCCUUCUCUCUCCCCAAGCCAAGCUUAACAAAAGCUACUUCAUCUACUUCAACCUCCACCGCACUUCCUACUCCGGAGAUUCUUGAAGAAAGAUUUGGUAGAAAGGGUAUCAAAUUCUUGGAAUCGAAUAACAUCCCAGUUGUUGAGCUAACAGUUAGAAAUGGCAGCUCUUUAAGGCUCCAGAUACCUGAUGCUCAUGUCACUUCUUACAAGCCAAAAGUUUAUUGGAAGGAUGAAGGUUUUAAGGAGCUUUUGUAUACUGUUCCAGGAAAAGACCCUAGUAAGGCAAGAGGUGGUAUUGGUUUGGUCAUCAAUGAUGCCUCUGAAGCUGGUUCCAAAGGGUCACUCAUUACUAGUUCUGAAUGGACUGUCAAGGAUGUUGAUUCGGAUGCCAUUGAUGCUCUCCAGGUGGAACUGAGCUGUACUAGUGGAACCCUCGAUAUAACAUACGUUGUCUCACUAUAUCCAGAAAGCAUUGCAACAGCAGUUAUAGUAAAGAACAAUGGCCGCAAGCCUGUCACUCUAACUAGUGCUAUACUAAGUCAUCUCAGGUUCAAGAGGCGAGGAAAGGCAGCAAUCCAAGGAUUCAAGGGUUGCUCCUACUGCCCACUCCCUCCUUUAUCUUCUCCUUUUGAAAUUUUAUCUCCUGGUGAAGCCAUGAAAUCUGAGUCUUCAGGAGUUUUUGAUUUUGGUUCUGAGCCUGAGGACAAACCAGGCACAUGGAGAGUUCAAGACGUACCCUUCACAAUUUUGAAGAAUAAGUUCAGUAGAGUUUAUGCUGCUCCACCACAAGAAAGACUAAAAGCUAUUUAUAACACACCACCUUCAAAAUAUGAAACACUUGACCAGGGACUUGAGCUUUUCUUUAGGGUGAUUCGGAUGGGUUUCGAAGACACAUACAUAGGGAGCCCAGGUUCCUUAUCAGAGAAGUAUGGUCAGGAGUAUUUUAUCUGCACUGGCCCUGCUGCAAUGCUGGUGCCUGUUAUUGUGGAACCAGGUGAAGAUUGGAGAGGGGCACAGGUUAUUGAGCAUGAUAAUUUGUAAUUAUAUAAAAAAUUAAAAUUCAUCUUACUCUUCUUUUUCAGUUUCUGUGGUUGUCAGAUUGGUUGGUUUGUCUCAUAAUCAAUCUUGUAAUCACGUAGUUAUCUUUACUUAAGAGAUGUCAUUAUAGUUGAUCAGUCCCUGAAGCUUAUUUUGAUUUAAAGCCCAAAGAAGUGAAAUAGAAUGAAUGCUUGUACUA